CCGGAAUUCCAAUCCACAGAACAGUGCCGGCGGUCGUACGACGCGGGUCUGGAGAGUGUGUGUACCGUAUAGAGUGAAAGAGCAAACGACCAAGCGGAGCGACGCGUCCUGCGAGAGGGGGCGAGCGGCGGUAGAGGGGGGAGAGGGACACGAGGUUGAGGACGAUCGGCUAAGGCUAUUUACAAUCGCAGUUCGAAGGAUAAACCGCGUGUCCGCGUCGCCGUAUUGUACUCGGCGUUGUGUUGUCGCGGUGUUCCGGAAUUCGAUCGUACGAAAUCUUUUGGAUCCUCCGCCUCCGUAUCCUCCGCUAAGCAACACGGUCCCGAAGAAUCGUGCAACAACACCCCAGUACCGUCGCCCUCUAUCUCCACCGGCAUUAUACAAACAAGUCGAAUGAGAAAAGUGAAGUGAUAUAGCUCGCGAUAACCAAUGAUUCGAAUACAGAGAGUUCCGAUUGUCGUUGGACUGCUUAAAGUCGAACGUCGGUUAGUCGUCGUCGGACAGUGCGCGUCGGGUACGAGUGAGACCGCGGGUGUAGAAGGAUAUCGACGUAAUAUGUAAAUUCCGCGCACACCUCGCUCUUUAUUUUUUUUUUGUUUACUUUUCGAUUCGGUAUCCCGCGAGCGAACAGCCGAAGCUCGUCCGUGGACUUUUAGUGACCAUUCGGCGUCGGUGGACGCGAUUUGACAAAGAGGAAACGUGCAAAAUACAGGUGGUGACCGGACAUCGUCAUUGUCGGCCGAUCGUCGAGGCGCGAGGGUGACGAUGCCGCAGGCAGUGAUACACUCGGCGUCGCACCAGGUGGAGCGAUCGGGGUUGAUUUUGACUUUGGUGCCUGGCGUAUGUGCGAGCAUAUGAUAAAUGUAGAACACGUUGCAUCCCGGUUUUUUUUGUUUUUACCGUUUUGUUUUCCGUUCGGUUCGGCCGUUCCCCGUCCCGCAGUAUCGUUGAUCACGGCGAGAGCAUCGGCGACAGCAGCACACGUGACUCCUGUUUCGCGCGUCAACAGAGGCAGCAACGUCCAUGUGCUCUACGCGAGGAAACCCGUGCCAGCAGUGGUCGUCGACGGCUGAAAGGAGGGAGGCGCGAGACGUCGCUACAUGACGCACGUGUUCCUGCUCCCCGGCCAAGCGCAUCCAAAACGGUUCGCAGAGUUUUCUCACUGCACGUAGUCGGUUUUUUAUCGGGUUUCGAGAGUCCGGUAAGUGGAAAAAAAAUCGGCAAACGGGACACGCGACACGCGGAGGUCAGACUGUUACACAGGGUCUCCGCGCGAGCGCGAGCGCGUUCACGCGCGCCAAUGUGCAGUAGGAUAUCGCCGAUUGUGUGAGGGUGUGCAUCGUUCGUUUUUGUCCGCACUUUCUGUUACGGACCAAAGUGCUCUGUGCUUGCGGCGAAAUCUAAAAAGGGACGAAGCGCCUCGCCCCCGGGCUCCGAUUAAUCAGGAAAAAGCGAGCGGAAGCGAAAAAGAGAACGAGAGAGAGAGAGAGAGGGGGGGAGAGCACACGCGUGCGAGAGAGACAAUAUGAGUGAAAUGACGAGUGUCGAGCAGCAGCAGCAACAACAACAGUGUGUGGGCGGCAGUUCGAAUCCGGAGCAUCAUUGCAAGGACUGUGGCCUCUAUUUUGAAAGCGAUAAAAGUCUCGAGGUGCACCUGCGCUACCACCAAGAGAAUCUGUUGAGUCAGUGGGCGAGCCAGGCGCAGCAGGAGGAGAGCAAUAAUAACAAUAGCAAAGCUGGCAAUCACAAUAGUCACGUGGGCGUCAAACGCGACAGCGUGACCGCGCCGGCGGAUUCGAGCGAGGCUUCCUCGAGACCGCCCUCCCAAGAUCCUUCGUCUUCACAACAGCAACAGCAGCCGCAGCAGCAACAACAACAGCAGCAGCAGCAGCAGCAACAACAGCAGCAGCAGCAACAACAACCACAGCAGCCGCAGCCGCCGCCGCAGCAGCAGCAGCAGCAACAACAACAGCAGCAGCAAUCUGCCGGUCACAGUUACAAUCAUUUCCAGACACCAAUGUACGGCGAAUCAACCUAUUUUAUGCAGAACGAAGCGGCCUAUAUCUUGCCCCAUCAUUACUCGCCGCCGCAUGAUGAGACGCAGAACAAUGGCGGCGGCGGUGGUGGUGGCGGUGCUGGUGGUAGUGGCGGUGGUGGUGGUGGUGUUGUCAGCGUUGGUUAUUCGCGCUACCAUCCAUACCAGCAUCAGCAACAUUUUGUUUCGGAACGUACUAGCUCGGUUAGUUCCACUAGUCCAAGAAGCCCACCGAUUCAGUGUGAUAAGUGCGGUGCUGUGUACGAGGACGCGAGUCAACUCGGUGAACAUGUAAGGACGAAUCAUUCGAAUUCACCUAGUGGGUACCCGGGUCCGCACCAGUACCAACAGCUUGGUACCAGUCCGCAGCAUCAGCAGAAUCAACAGCAGCAGACGAUGCAUACGUCGCCGCCGCAGCCCGUCCAGCAGCAGCAGCAACAACAGCAAGCUGGCUACGAUUACAAUAGCGGACAAGCGAUAAAGUCUGACGUGAAGCAGGAGCCGGAAGAGCAAGCCGAGAUCUUGGAUUUGGACUCUCAUAAAGUCCAAACUCAUAGGUACGAGGAGGAACUGAUGAGGCUUCAUCAGCAGCAACAGCAGGAGCUGCAAAUGCAGCUACAUCAGCAGCAGGUGUUGCAACAGCAACAUCAACACCAGCAAAGGACUGGACCGCACUCGGUGAGUUCUAUGCUCGGUUGGCCACCGACCGCACAGCCGCACGAUUAUCAUCCAGGGUUGUCGCCGAUGGGCCCGAUGGACAGUGUCUCGCCGCUGUCGGAUCAGGGUCAGUUUAUGCGUGGGCAACACAUACCUGUGGAAUCACCCCGCCAUCCCGGAUCACCUAUCAUUACGAGCACGCAGCCGAUGCCCGGGCAUCAGAUGCCCGCGGGUCUUCUGCAACAACCGCCGAAACCUCCGCCGUUGGCGAACCAAUCGUGGAAAAGUAACGAGGCGCGACGACCAAAGACCUACAACUGCACCGCGUGCAACAAGUGGUUCACCAGCUCGGGACAUCUGAAGAGACACUACAAUACCACGCUGCAUAAGAACGCGGUGAAACAGAGCAAUCAGCCUGAUCCCGCUAACCUGCCUAUCAGCGCUCAUCAUCAUCCCGGUAGGGACAAUCAUUCCGGGAGCGGCAGAGGCGGGGGACCAUCGAGAUCACCAGAAUUAUCCGCUUCCGGGAGUCCCCCAAACUUGAUGGCAGGUCCCUCGGGAGAGGCAGCGAGGGGCCUGCUUCACACGCCCACAACCAUCAGUCUCUACGGCAACAACAAUUCCAACAACGGCACCAACAGCAGCAGCAGCAGCAGCAGCGAAUCUUCGGUGGUGGUGGCCCUAACGCAACAACAGCCUUCGGCAGUCCACUUGGGCUCAACAAUGGUGGUGCCGUCGCACAGUUCACCGACGCAAUCACCAAUGGCGGGCCACCACCAGCAACAAAUGAGUUCCCCGUCCCAUCAGCUGGGCCACCAGCAACAGCAACUUCAUCACCUGCCAAUGGGUUCGCCGUCGGGCCAGCUUCCGGUCCACCUUCCCAUGAGUUCACCCAUAUCGCCCAUGCACCCACCACCGCUGCCCCACCUGAGUUCGCCUUCGCCAAUAGGAUCGUCCCACCCGCACCACAUGAAUUCGCCGUCUCCAAUAACGUCGGGCUCGGUACAUCCAGCAAUGUCUUCGCCCACAACGAUGGGGGGUACUACGAUGCCUCAUCAGCCGUACCCAAACGCCUUGCCCCCCCACGUUACAACUACUACCAACAUCCCGGGACUGCUGGAGUCUAUCACCAUCCAGCUAACUACUACUGGUAAUGAGUUGUCUAUGAGCUACCCGAAUCAACCUCAGCUCGAGGAUUCUCACCACCACCAGCAGCAGCAGCUCCAACAACAACAACAACAGCAGCAACAGCAACAGGAGCAGCAGCAGCUGUCUCAGGAUGUUUUACCUGGUUUUGGGACCUUCAGUAACCAUCAGGGACCCUUGCCGAGUUUCACCCAGUUCAACUCGGUAACCGGGUAUUUAGUUGGCCAGAACCAACCUCAGGCCGCUAACGUGGGGGGGCUAAGUCCGGGGGAGAACGCGUCUCCUCAAGACAGUUCGUCGUAUAACUCACCUGGAUCGGCCUACGAUCCGUACACGAGUCCUCCGCCUCGAUACGAGGCCCUUACCAACGUGGAGAUGCAGCCGAACACCGACGGCGGUAUGAUCAUCAAACAGUAUCAGAUCCAGACGCAUCUCUCGCCUCAGCCGCUUCAAGAGCACGUCCGUGCUCAUCUCGAGGCGAACAACAACAUACAACAGCAGAUCCAAGGGAAGGAGGAAGUGAACCCGAACGUCGGCAAACAAACGAAGACUCGCAAAUCAAAAGGCAAGAAGAACGCGGCGAAGAAGGAGCAGGUGACCGGCACGAACACCGGCUCGCACUACAUUUCCCAGGACGGCUUUCACAAGUGUAUCGAGUGCGACAAGGUCUUCAACAAGGCCUGCUACCUAACGCAACACAAUAAGAGCUUCCACUCCGGCGACAAGCCGUUCAAAUGCAAUCAGUGCGGCAAGAGGUUCCCCCUCGAGUACCUGCACGCGGAGCACUUGCAGAAGCACGCCGGCGACAAGCCGUACAAGUGCGACGUAUGUCCCAAGCAGUUCAACCACAAAACUGACCUCAGACGGCACUUGUGCCUCCACACUGGCGAAAAGCCGUACGCCUGUGAUACUUGCGGCAAGGGAUUCAUCAGGAAGGACCACAUGAUGAAGCACCUCGAAACGCACAAAAAGAAAGCCAACAACCACAACGUCCAUCUGCGGACGUGAUUCCGAAAGUUCGAAGGGACUCGCAUCGUCGUCGUGGAACACACGCCGCCUCGUUAUCCGAUGAUCUACGCUUUGAUGAUCUUCAAUGUUUGUUUAUCGAAAGGUGAGAUGAUCGUCUAUGCCGCGCGCGAUCGUUCUCGCGGGCGCGCACGCGACCUCGGUGAAAUCGAUGAUCCGCGCGCGUUAUCAUCGAUCAUGGGGACACACUGUGAGUCACGUGGGUGGUGUUACCCAGCCGAACGUGAGAUCAGAUUUGUAUUUAUUCUAUACUUUUCACGUUUAAGGCAACUCGACUAUCUUUGUCAUUCGAUUUUAUACACCCGGUAGAAAACCAUUUAACCCCCUUCGUACUGUUGUUUUCGUUUGUACAGAAGAAAAGUAUUACGUUCCGUUUUCUUUAAGCAGUUCAUUGGUCGAUCGUUGUUAUAUCUCAGAGUUGACAAUUUUUCAUACGCGCAACUCUCGCGAGUUAGAGAAGAAUGAGCCGGGCGAUGCUCGGGAAUGAUGUCUGUGUGGUUUUUGCUCAACUGCGUGAUAUAUUUAUUUGAAUCGCCGACUCGGGACUAUUUUUUUUUAUUUUUUACUCGAGGUGCAUUUUUUACAAAGUUCCAACGAGAGCAGACAAUUCGGUGUGGAACAUCGACGCGUGGCGGGCUGUCUAGAAUUUGAACAUUUCCGAUUGCUACUCGAUCGCGAGAGCUCGGCGAACAAGCAAAUAAAAAGCAGCCAAUUGAUUUAUCGUUUUUUUACACACCACGAGUCGCGAUACGCGGAGUCGAUCGCGAAUAAUUGCCAGGGGAACGUCUUGUUUGUCUUUGUUCCGUUGUCGAUUGCUCGACUCGACGGAUCGCGACUCUUCCGUUUCGAAAAACAAAAAACUCAAACCCGUCAUGACGUUCACUUUUUUUCCACUUUUUUUUUCUUUUUAACAAUCGCACGCACUCUCGAACGAUAAUAACUUUCCGAAAAACGCGCAACGGAGAUUUCUAAUGCGACGUUGGAACCUUCGAAGCUUAUCAAUUGUACAAAAUAUGUUAAUUGUAUAGACGUAUUAUCACUGUAAUUAAUUCAACUCAACUCAAUAUCGUAUAGAACGUGAUUAUUAAACUUAUUCAUAAUAUUCGUAUUCGAUAGCGUAAGUAGCGUGCACGUUGUCGGGAGUGAAAUCGCGAAGAAAAGACGCGAACGAUUAGCAAAGUUAAUCGUGCGAAAAGACGCGACGGCGAGCACGUGGCAAACUUUUGUUGUAUAACCUCUGACAUUAUUAUUAUUAUUAUUAUUAUUAUUAUUUUCUUAAAUGUAUGUUUCAGCGUUUUCGUCGCGUUGUUUCGUUGCCCCGUUUAUUCUGUUUAUUUGUGUACUUUUCGCUGAAAUUGUCGAGAGGUGAAAAAAUUACAUUCCACUGUACAUACUUGACGAGCUGAAUUGAAUUUUCACGACGAACCUCCCGAUAAGUGCUUCACAUUCCAGAAGAGGCUCGCAAUAUACAUUCCAUUGGUCGCGAAUCCCCCGCCACGCCGUGGCGUCUUUUCCUUUUUUGAUUUAAAUUCUAAGAUAGCGUAAGUUCCGAAUUGUACGCUGCCCGGAAUGAAUCUUGCUCGUGUCGUUCCAUCCCGAAUAAAACAACGCUAUUUUUACGCCCGAUCGAACAUGGAAACGUUCAUUGGUGUUUUUAUUUAUUCGGCAGACAGCGACGUUUUUCCGACACUUUUGCAAAUUCCACGCGGAAAUGAUGGUUCGCUUCGGUUAUCGUUUUCGGCCGCCGCGAAUUUACGCGCGAACGCGCCGCGAUUGAUUCGGCCGUAAUUCGUUCGAUCGAUUUAUAAUCGUUCUGGUAUCCCGCGCAGCGUGAUGCAUCUAAUUGCGUGGCACUGUGACGUACGAUCAAUUAAUGCUCGAUUAAUUGCCCGCGGAGCGCGAAACGAGCCGAUCAUCGAGGAUAGGAACGGGUCUCAUCUCUCUCGCGACACGAGCGAAUUUCCCUUCGAGCUUCGCACAGCUUGUUACACGCACACGUACACACACACACACACAGGCACACACACGGAAUUUCAUACUCAUGCACGCACACGCUCACACCCUCGCAGUGUAAAGUAACCGUUCACCUCUCCGGUAACAAUAAUUUCGCGUAAUUAUUUUCCGUGCAAUUGUUUCUGUGAAUGAUCGUUUCCGAAUCGAUCUUAGGUGUUUUUUUAGCAGGUAAUCGUUCUGCCGCGUAAUUGUUUGGCAUAUAGCAGCCUCCGAAUUGUACAGUCAUCGGGAACGUUUAUGAUUAUUCGUAAACGAAUUGGUCGGGAAUCGUUAAACUUUUAAAUGACGUGUGCUCCACCCCCCGAUCUGUUUCGUCGAGGUCCGUUUAUGACGCGUAUCGCUCUCGAAAUAAUCGAACGGCAUCCUCGUUUUCGAUAUCGGUAUUUAAUCGCUGGAAAUUGAUGCAUCAUGCGGUGCAACGUUUUCGGGGGGGGGGGGCGGAGAGGAGGGUGAAUUACAUUUUUGAACGCGCGCGUUUCACCCUUCAAUUAUUUCGCGCCGUAAGCAGAAUUGUACAUACGACUACGUGCAACGCGUUCGAACGAGAUACGGUGUUGCGAACACAAACAAAAUUACGCGCGUACGAACAAACACACACAUACACACGAACACAUACACGCGGUAUAAACACACUUAAGACGUCCUUUCACGAGUUUCCUUUUUUUUUUAUUUCCGUUUUUAAUGUAGUCUCGUAUCAAAAAGUGACGAAGAAAUGAUACGGGAAAGCGAGCAAAAAGACGAUAAAUUAUAUAGCACUCUUGCCAUUUUUACUACGUAAUAUGACACCCAGAACAGACUACCUCAGAGUUCAGGAAUUUAACGAUGAAUGAAAGGAAGAAAGAAAAGAUGAAAGAGCCAAUGCAAUAAUAAUAAUGUUAUUAAAGAAAAAGAAAUGAAAGGGAGAGAAAAUGUAGGGAGAGAGCGCGCACCCGUGCGAGCGGAACGACGACCGUACUUUGAUAAUUGCUCUUUGUUUCGCAUUCAUGAAUCGAACGAAAAUCCGGUAUUAUGACCUUUGCGUGACCCGUGAACCACGAAACGAGGAAAAAAAACAGUAUUUCGAACAUUCCAUCCGCCGAACAAAUAUUUAUUCUUGUUACACGAAAUUCCUGGUGAUCUUUACACUCGUUCUCGAAUUAGUAAAUAAAGGAGAAAGUCGGAAAUAAAAUAGAUUCUCUUUCCUCUUUAUUGUUGCCCGUAAGUUCCUCGAGUCGCCCGCCGGUCGUGUAUUAGAGCAUUUAACAUAUAGGAUCUAAUGUAAACGAGAGAGAAAGAAAGAAAGAGAGAGAGAGAGUGAGAGAGAAUGAGAGACGAUAGAAGGGGGCCUGUAGAGAUGGAUGUACGUUUUAGAGACAUAUCAAACAGUAUUACUGUACAUUCAGUUUUAUUACUAAAUAAUCAUAAAGUUAAAGGAUAAUGGUGGAAUGAAAGGAAGCAAGAAAGAAAGAAAGUAAAGGGUGCGACGACGAUUACAGGAGCAAGAGAGAAAGAGAGCAGGAGCGAUCGUGUGAAUAUACAUAUUUCCGAAAAAUCAUAUCAUUGUCAUACAUUCGUCUUGCAAACGCGUUUAGGAGAGAAGACGAGAGGAAGAGAAUAAGAAGAAGAGGAGGAGAAGAAGUAAUCUGGAUGAAGAUAUUACUUUUGCGACACAGAGAAAGAGGGGGAUAGGUAGAUAGAUAAAUAGAUGGGAGCGAGAAUGGUAGUGUGAUCGCGUAACGAAAUCAAUCUACUUGGGCAUUCAAUCGCAAGAGAUGUAUGUCGAUACAUUUCGCGAGCGACGACGAAGCGGCGAACACUAUUUUUUGUAGACUUGUUUUGAGCAAAGGUACAGUUCCACUGAAUCCCUGUAUUAUUAUUAUUAUUAUUAUUAUUAAUAACUUACGUUAUAAAUAUAAUAAUUAUUAUUAUCAAUUAUCACUAAUCAUUAUUAAUUAUGUUUAAUCAUUAUUAGUGAUUAUAAAAGGGUGCGCAUCGUGAGUAUUUUUCGCUCGUUCCGUGAGCGCGUUUUGGUGCGAGAGAGCGUAUUUCUAAGUGUAAAAAAAUAAUUGUUCCGGCACGCGAGUGCUAAAUUAUUAUUAUUAUAUAUAUAAAUAUUAUCUAUAGAUACGUGUAUAUAGAUAUAUACACACGGUACCAAACUGUCAUUGGUUGUGCCAAAAAUAAGAGAGAGAGAGAGAGAGAGAGAGCGAGCGAAAGAAAGGGAGAGAGAGCAAAAACGAUGAGAUGUAAUAGAACCUCGCGUGCUUCCCCUCAUGUGUGAUUCUAAUUUUGUGGGCAUUUCUAUAGAAGGAUGAAACUAACUUGAGAAAGAACUAAUGAUACAGAUUCUAAGUAAUUAUUCUUGUGCGAGCAUGACCGAGUGAAUGUGUACCAACGUGCGAGAGAGGAGAGAAUCUGAUAGGUAACGAAAGAAAGGGAAAGUCGAUGGAAUUCUUAUCUGCUAACGACAAGUAUUUCCGUGUACGCCCAUUCCUCGUUUUGUGCCAUAAUAAGCGUGUGUAUGAGACGAAUUCUGUAAGCGUUUGCGAGCAAUCAAGAGAACGUUAAUUGCGUGUAUGCACUGUGUGCAUGGGAAAUGUACGUAUGCAUUUGUAUGAGAGAGUUAAGAGAGUCGAUAUAUAUAUAUACAUGUAUAUAUAAAUAUAUACAUAUAUGUGUAUAUGAUAUAUAUAUACAUAUACAUAUACGUGUAUAUAUGAUAUAUUGAUAUAUAUAUAUCACACAAAUAUAUAUUAAUGGAGAAAAAUCUGAUAGCUGAGAAGAGGAUGGAGAUUUCGUCGCGCGACGAUGUUGGCCUGUUCGAAAGAGAACGCGCGCGCGCGCGCGUGCGCGCGAAAAUAGUCCGACGCGAUGGCGAGAAUUAAAUUUGUACAUGUGUAUCGUUUAUUGUUUACUGCGAUGAUCACAUGCGGUUUCUGUUCCUCCUUCUUUUGUACAUGUAUAUAUAUGUUUUUCUUCGUCGUAUUUGCUAUUAUAGAUCUGACGUGUCGCGACCUGACACGAAAAUACAGAAUGAAAGAAUGAACGAGAGUGAAGAAGAGUAUCUUAUGCAGAUGAAGAGUAAUAUUUACGAUCUGUAUUAUUUUGUAGGCGUUCAUUUUGUUUUUAUAAAUAUAUUUUAUUUCUCAGACAAUACAAACGAGCUUUUUAUUUUCUA